AUGCUAAAAAAUAGUUACAUGGAGAAAAAAAAACAACAUUUUAUGAUUCUUUGCAGUGUAUCAUCAUCAGCAGCAGCAACAUUAAUGACUCAAGUAAUCAUCUGCUGCUUUUUAACAGUUUUAUUGAAAGAAUUGUUGUUGAGAUGCACAUUUUAUAUGAAGAAAGAAUCAUUAAAAUUAAUUGAUGAAACUGCUGAAUCAUAUGUUUGGAGAGUUCACGUGCUUAACUCUGGUGAUGACUUCCAUUUGAAGCUGCCCAUCCUGACCAUUGGUUAA